AUGUCGCUAACUCCCGAACAAACCGAAAUCAUCAAGGCCACCGUGCCUGUCGUUAAAGAGCAUGGCAACACCAUCACCACCGUUUUCUACAAGAACAUGCUCGAAGCCCACCCCGAGCUGAACGCCAUCUUCAAUACCACCAACCAGGUCAACGGUCACCAGCCCAGCGCCCUCGCCGGUGCCCUCUUCGCCUACGCCUCCAACAUCGACAACCUUGGUGCCUUGGGCCCCGCCGUCGAACUCAUCUGCAACAAGCAUGCCUCGUUGUAUAUCCAACCCGAGCACUACGGCAUCGUUGGCAAGUUCCUUCUCGAAGCGAUGGGACAGGUCUUGGGUGAUGCCCUGACUCCGGAGAUCCUCGACGCCUGGACCGCUGCCUACUGGCAGCUCGCCAAUCUGUUCAUUGGUCGCGAAAGUGAUAUAUAUAAGCAGAGUGAGGGAUGGACACAAUGGCGCGAGUUCAAGGUUGCGCAGAAGGUCCCCGAGUCCGCGGAGAUCACCUCGUUCUACCUCAAGCCCGUCGACGAGAAGCCUUUGCCCCGCUUCCGUCCUGGACAGUACAUCUCCGUCCAGGUGCAGGUUCCUCAGCUUGAAUACCCUCAGGCCCGCCAAUAUUCCCUCAGCGACAUGCCCCGCGAUGAUUACUACCGCAUCAGCGUGAAGAAGGAGACGGGUCUCAACACAGCUAAGCCGGAGGCCAAGGUCAACCCGGGUUACGUCUCGAACAUUCUGCACGAGACCGUCAACGAGGGUGAUGUGAUCGAGGUGUCGCACCCUUGCGGUGACUUCUUCCUGGCGGAACAUGAGCCGUCGCACCCCGUCGUCCUCAUCGCGGCCGGUGUGGGUCUGACGCCAUUGACCUCGAUGCUCAACACAUUAACCUCCACCCCCGCGGACUCUCAGCGCAAGAUCCACUUCAUCCACGGUGCCCGGACCACUUCCGUCCGCGCCUUUAAGGACCAGAUCAAAUCUCGCGCUGAGCAGCUCCCCAACCUCCAGGCCACCUUCUUCACCAGCUCCCCGUCCGCAGACGAGAAGCAGGGCGUCGACUACGACGUCCAGGGACGCAUCGAUGUGUCCAAGAUGGAUGCCAACAAGGAUUUGUUCCUCGACAAUGCUCAGACUGAGUUCUACAUUUGUGGUCCUACUGCAUUCAUGAAUGACAUCGCCAACAGCCUGAAGGCUCGGGCUGUUACCUCGGAGCGUGUCCACAUGGAAUUAUUCGGAACUGGCGGCGUGCCUGUUUAG